CUGCAAAGUGUUCAUAUAGGUCUACGUCUCGAACUUUUCGUCAAUAUAUCUGAGUACCUACCGACAACAGAAGCAGCUGGUGUACGUCUUACUGUGCAUUCCGUCAAAGAGCAGCCAUUUCCGGACACUUUGGGCCACUCUGCUCCUACCGGAUUCGUCAGUAGUUUCGGCAUAAAACUGAAGUCAAUGACUCGUCUUCCCGCUCCCUAUGGCGACUGCAUAACAGAGGGCAAAGACAAGGACUUUAUUUACGUCACUAAACAAUAUAAUACAGAGGGUUGUCAGCGGAGCUGUAUUCAGAAGCACUUGGCUACAACUUGCGGUUGUGGUGAUCCACGCUAUCCACCGUUUCGUAAAACCAAGAACUGUCCCGUUGAUGAUCCCAGUAAACGAGAAUGCCUAAAACGAGAGAUGCAGCACGCUGUACGAAAUCCUAAAGCAAUCGGAUGCAAAUGCAGACAACCAUGCAGAGAACAAGGCGCAAUGAUUGAAGUCUACUUUGAACAGCUCAAUUACGAGUCACUGCUUGAAAGUGAAGCAUAUGGGGUGAGUUUCAGAAACCGGUUCCUCGAAUAA